UGGAAUUUGUACGUUCUGUCCCCCGUUCUGUAUGGGUUUCCUCGCAGAGCCAAAAAGACAAAACAUCCGAUGUAUUAUUUAGCAAAACAUUCGGAUGUAAAAAAUGACCUGCAAAUUACGUAAUUGCGAUCACACGUAGCAAUAUUGCCCCCUUACCACAGAGCACUUGGCAGAACCGUCCUGUAAGAGAGUUUCAGAUUCGUUGAGGGCUUUCGCGUAAACAAGUGCAGUAAUAAUAAUAAAAGUAAACAAUCGUCAUGACGGGAGCGCUCGAAGUGUGCGAGCCUGUCACGUGCGCCUACCGCGCUGUGCUGCAUUGUGGGCAGCAGAGGGCAGUGCGAAAACCUUCCCCAUUGUUGUUGUACUUUGCUGCUACCGUCCUGAUGGGUCUGCUCUCCAUCUUCACUCAACUGCACCGGCCAGAGCGUGGUGAAGUGUGUUGGAAUAACCAUCCACAUGGCCGCAUGGAAUGGGGAGGCCCUUAUUCAGCAGUGGAAAGGACAGAGGGUUUAAAAAAAAAAUAUGAUCAUCGUUAGAAAUUACAUGAAUGUUUAUUUGAGUCCUAUGUAUUUUUAUUUUGCGUAUGUGCAGAUUAAUGGACACAGGACUUCUCACCGAUUAUAGUCUGGGCCGCCGGUAGGCUGGAGCAGGCACUGGUCGACAGAGUAGGCACGUGACUUGUAGCGCCUACGGCCCAUAAUAGGCGCUUGCGAACGACACUUGCCCCAACAGUCUGUUGAAAGCUACAUGGGGGGGGAUCUUUGGCUUGUGCCCACCCGCAGGUACGGUGAUGGUGCGCGCCGGCGAGCAGGGCCAGCUCUUCCUCAUCCAGCAGUCGGUGCUGGCGCAGGCCGGUGGCGCCGCCCCCCACGCCGCCCCCGUGCCCCCCUCCCCCACCGUGGCCACGGUGGCGCACGCCCCCAGCCCACCGGCCGCCAGCCCCGCCACUCAACCGCAGCAGGGAGUGCGGCUGGCCGCGCUGCAGAUUGCAUCGGUGACGCCGCCGGUGGGGGGGCACCCACGCUCGCCGCUGCCACGCCGGCCCCUCCCGCAGGGCCCGCUCUUCCCGCCAGCCAGCCUCCGCUCGUCUUCACGCCGGAGGUGAUGGAGAACGUCAAGAAGUGCAAGAACUUCCUCUCGACGCUCAUCAAGCUGGCGUCGUCCGGCCAGCAGUCGCCCGAGACGACGCGCAACGUCAAGGAGCUGGUGCAAAACCUCCUGGAUGCCAAGAUGGAACCGGAGGAGUUCACAUCGCGGCUGCAGAAGGAGCUCAAGUCGUCGCCACAGCCCUACCUCGUGCCCUUCCUCAAGAAAAGCCUGCCGGCCGUGCGCUACCUGGCGCAGAACCCGCAAGCGCCGACCCAGUCGGCCCCGCAGCUCAACGCGAUCGGACCCCCGGCGACCUCGACCGGCGCCGCGCGACCCCUGGGAGCGCAGACGCACGCGGCGCAGGCACCGCUACACACGGUUCUGACGACGCAGCAUGGGGGUGGAGUGAAGCAGAUUGUGCUGCAGUCGCAGGCUCGCGGCAGUACACACAUCAAGCCCGGCACGGUGGUCAAGACUCAGGGCCCUGCUCUCAUCAGGCCACCCCCCACAGGCGUGCCGGGAGCCACCGGGCUGCAGGCAUCGGCGAGCCAGAAGGGGAAGAUGAAGGAUCCUGGGGGCGGCACUUUCAAGGACGAUGACGACAUCAACGACGUCGCCUCCAUGGCGGGCGUGAACAUCAACGAGGAGAGCGCACGCAUCGCGGCCACGGGCUCCGACACGGUGGGGACGCAGAUCCGCUCGUGCCGUGACGAGGCCUUCCUGUCGGCAGGGCCCCUCCAGCGCCGCCUGCUCGACAUUGGCCGGCGGUACGGCGUGACGGAGGUGCCUGCGGACGUGGUGGGGUUGGUGUCGCACGCGGCGCAGGAGAGGCUCAAGAACCUGGUGGAGAGGCUGAGCGUCAUCGCACAGCACCGCACGGAGACGUACAGGGACUCGGACGACUCGGAGCAGAUGAGCGACGUGAGGUCUCAGCUGAGGUUCUUCGAGCAGCUCGACCGCCUGGAGAAGCAGCGCAAGGAUGAGCAGGAGCGCGAGAUUCUACUCAGGGCGGCCAAGAGUCGGUCUCGACAAGAAGACCCAGAACAAGCCCGGCUCAAGCAGAAAGCAAAAGAGAUGCAGCAAGCGGAGCUGGCUCAGAUGCGCCAGCGAGAAGCGAACCUGACGGCGCUCGCGGCAAUCGGGCCACGCAAGAAGCGGAAACUCGAUUCGCCAGGGCCGGGCACGCCGGGGGAGGCCGGGGGUGGGGGGCCCGGCGCUUCGUCUUCCGGCGGCACCGGCGCGGCGGGAGGCAGCGGCGGGGGGGCGGCGGAGGCCGUCGCGGGGCCCGGCGGCGGCGGUGGCGGCGGCGGCGGCGGCGGCGGCGGGGUGCCGGGCACGCCGACGAGACCGUCGCAGCGAGCGCGCUUCACCAGGGUCAACCUGCGCGACCUCGUCUUCUUGCUGGAACAAGAUCGCGAGACGGCGCACUCGCGCGUGCUGUACCGCGCGCAGCUCAAGUGACGCUCGCUUUACGUCUCGGGCCGCCGACGAGGGCGAGGGGUGGGGGGGCACAGAGAGACAGAGAGAUCGGAGGCGCCGAGAUCGCCCCCCCCCCCCUCCCCGACGCCCCGGGUGCUGGAAUCUAACCGGGUCUACCUCCCGGUUUGGCGGGGACCGGACCGGGCCGCGGUCGGUGUUUUGGGCCCUUCCCCUCCGCUUGGAGCGGAAGUUUGACUUGCACGGCAGCGGACGGCUUGCGAGGAUGACGGUGGCCGACGUGCAACGUCGCCUCGGCUCAAGGAGAGAGAGAGAGAGAGCGGACGGACGGACGCCAGUUCCUCGCACUGGUCAACCCGGGACCGCACCGACACAUGGAACGUGACUCGUCGACCGACCGAAUUGACUGACCGACAGACCGACCGCUCUUGCGAGAGAGCGAAUGACCGACUUGCCGACCAAACGAAUGACCGACGGAGCGACUCGCCUCCCCCCCCCCCCCCGCCAACCGUUUGACCCACAUGACCCAUCGAACGAACGACCAGCCGACCGAACUAACAAACGACCGACAAAUGCCCGAACGACGACAACGACCAGACCCCCCCCACUAACCGAUCGACCGCGAGACGCCAAAUUGAGGCAGCUCGCAAAAAACGCGGUUCUUACCGAAGGGCUCCCUUCCGUACACACGUAGCCGCCCCCCUCACCCCACAGAACCAAUGAAUGGUGGCGAGGGUGGAGAAAGGGGGGCCUUGCCUCUAACCGCAACCCCCGAGUCACCGCCAUCCGCGCCCCACCCCCCCUCCCCACCGCCUACCAGCACCCCUCCGACGCUAUAAUCACGCGCGGUCAACACGUCGCGAGGUUUUUUUUUUAAUCGCCAGAGGUCUUGUUUGUUUGUGCGUGCGUGCACGCGUGUCCAUCUGGUGCGGCGUUUGUGUGUGUUUUUUUAUUUUUUACACGCACCGGUUCGUAUCGCUCGCGGCGUCGAGACUCGUGUACACGACCUGCAGAGGGACAGGAAAUGAAAAACAAUUGCACUUGACCUGUGUGUGUGUGUGUGUGCCGUCAGGAAAAAAAAGAGGGCUCGUUCUUGUGUAGUAAGAGGGCCCCCCCCUUACGCCCCCUUCACUGCCCGCGCGCGCGCGUGCGUUGUACAUUGUGUGUAUGUGUGUGUGUGUAAAUACGAGGCGAGGACUUUAAUACAUGUGGUGUUUAUAAAUGAGAAUUUGAGAAGUGGUAUUUUAAUAGAACUUUGAACCAGCGGCACGCGAACUGAGAAGUCGGGAGUACGAGAUAUAUAUACGAGUCUUGUAUGCAUUUUAUAAGAAAAAAAUAUCCUAAUAACUAAGAUUCUUUAUUUUCAAUAAUUUUUUGCUCUAAAGUAAAUAUUGUCUACAUUUAUUUUCACGGUGUGCGUAG